AUGGCGAAACAAUUCUUUGCAAAUGUCAAGUCGGUCCUGAGUGGCGACACCCUCGUGUUGACCAGCCAGAACAACCCGAAUUCCGAGCGAACCUUCUCGCUAGCCUUCGUCACCGGACCUCAUCUAAGAAGAGAAGGCGACGAACCCUUCGCUUUUCAGUCGCGCGAGUACCUUCGCGGUCUGAUUGUCGGCAAACCCGUCCAAUGCACCAUCCAAUACACCAUCCCAAACUCUGGACGCGAGUACGGCUUUGCGCAACUGAAAGAUGGCACCCAAUUGCCGGAUGAACUUGUCAAGGCUGGCUGGAUCAAGGUCAGGGAGGAUGCAGGCCGAAAGGAAGAAUCCGAAGAGGUACUGCAACGUCUUGAGACACUGAGAUCCCUGGAGGCGCAGGCAAAGAGCGAAGCGAAGGGACUAUGGGCUGGCGUGGGCGGCGUCAUUGACGUUCAGAACGACCUUUCUUCCCUGGACAUUAACGAAUGGAAGGGCAAGACCGUUGACGGUGUUGUCGAACGCGUGCUUAGCGGCGAUCGAUGCCUGGUGCGCCUUAAGCUCUCAGAGAAGAAGCAGCUCCAAGUCAUGUCUUUGGUUGCCGGCAUCCGUACACCUGCCACCGAACGAGUCAACCAGUUCGGUCAGACUCAACCUGCCGAGGAGUUUGGUGUUGAUGCGCGGCAAUAUGUUGAGCAGAGACUGCUGCAGCGAGAUGUCAAGGUCGAAAUAGUUGGUGUCAGCCCGCAAGGACAACUCAUCGCCUCCCUCCUACAUCCCCGAGGAAGCAUCGCCGAGUUUCUUCUUGCCGAUGGUUUGGCCAGAUGUAACGACUUUCACUCGACUAUGCUUGGCAGCAAGAUGGCUCCCCUCAGAGCUGCCGAGAAGAAGGCACAAAUUGGCAAACUUCGUCUUCACAAAGACCACGUUGCUAAAGCUGAAGGUGGUAGCGCUUCUGACAUGAUCGUCUCGAAGAUCAUGGGCGCAGAUGCUAUAUUCGUACGCACCAAGAACGGAGAUGAGAAGCGAAUCAACCUCAGCAGCGUUCGCGGCCCUCGAGCGGGCGAGCCAUCAGAAGCUCCCUUCAGAGAUGAGGCCAAGGAAUACUUGCGAAAGAAGCUUAUCGGAAAGCACGUCAAGGUUUCUGUCGACGGCGAGAAGCCAGCAUCCGAGGGAUUUGAAGCGCGCGAUGUUGCCACCGUUACCGAAAAGGGCAAGAAUAUCAACCUUCAGCUGGUCCAGGAUGGUUGGUGCUCUGUAGUUCGCCACAGAAAAGACGACACAGACAGAGCACCCAACUACGAUGAGCUUUUAGCUGCCCAGGAGGAAGCCCAGGAGAAGAAGAAGGGAAUGUGGUCUGGCAAGGCGUCCAAGGCAAGAACAUAUGUGGAUGUCUCCGCGUCGGUGCAAAAAGCCAAGAUUCAGGCCUCCACGCUCUCGCGACAGAAGAAGGUUCCUGCAAUCGUCGACUUUUGCAAGGCCGGCUCGCGAUUCACCAUUUUGGUACCGCGUGAGAACAUCAAGUUUACCAUGGUUCUUGCUGGUGUUCGUGCCCCGCGAGCACCAGGGCCGCGACAGGAGAAGGGUGAGCCUUUCGGGCAAGAAGCCCUGGACCUGGCCAACCGCCGAUGCAACCAGCGCGACUGUGAGAUCGAUGUCCACGACAUUGACAAGGUGGGCGGAUUCAUUGGUGAUCUUUACAUCAACCGCGAAAACUUUGCCAAGGUGCUCGUCGAGGAAGGUCUGGCCGAGGUUCACCGAUACUCGGCAGAGAAGGCCGGCAAUGCCAACGAGCUUAUUGCGGCUGAGCAGCGGGCGAAGGAAGGACGAAAGGGCAAGUGGCACGACUGGGACCCGUCGCAGGAUGUCGAAGACGGUGAAGACGAAUCCGCUGCAGUCGAAAACUCCGCUGAUAGCGGGCCUAUGGACAAGAAGCCUGCUGAUUAUCGCGAAGUCGUGGUCAGUAACAUUGAUUCGAAUGGCAAGCUGAAGAUCCAGGAAAUCGGAAAAGGCACAUCUGCGCUGGAAAUAAUGAUGAACGAAUUCAGGAGGUUCCAUCUGGACUCGAAGAACAGCAAACCUCUUGCCAACCCCCCUAAGGCAGGAGAGUAUGUGUCAGCCAAGUUCUCUGCGGACGACCAAUGGUACCGAGCGCGCGUCCGAUCCAACGACCGUGCUAACAAGGUCGCCGAAGUUGUCUACGUUGAUUACGGCAACACCGAGAUGAUUCCUUGGGCCAAGCUUCGACCUCUUGACCAGCCUCAAUUCACCACCCAGAAACUCAAGGCGCAAGCCAUCGAUGCCGCACUCUCGUUCAUCCAGCUUCCCACCGCGACCGAUUACUUCCGCGAAGCUAUUGACUUCAUCACCGAAUCCACUGAUGGUCGCUCGUUGGUUGCUAGCUUCGACUUUGUGGACACGAAGGAAGGUUUGAGCUACAUCACGUUGUUCGACGAGAAAGCCAGCGGUUCCUUCGCGGACUCGAUCAAUAAGGAAGUCGUGGCCAACGGGUACGCCAUGGUACCGAAGAAGCUGAAGGCUUGGGAACGAGGUCGCGCAUCUGAGGAGGUCCUCAAGAAGCUGCGCGAGGUUGAGAGUCAGGCCAAGGCUGACCGCAACGGCAUGUGGCAGUACGGCGAUAUUACCGAGGACUAA